AUGCAUGAAAUGAUCAAGAAACGAACGGCUCGACCUAAGGCUCGAUCGAGUUGGAACAGAGCAUUAGAGCUCGAUCGAGUUGAGGGUCGAGUUGAAGAGAAGAUUAGGUUUAGGGUCAAAGGAGGAGUCAAAGGGAAGCAACAUUUUUCGGGUUUGACCAUUGACUCCGCAGCUCGAUCAGUUGUUCUUUGGCCGGUCGAGUUGGAGAACUCGACAGGUUGGUCGAGUAGAUGGGUCGAGCUGAAUUCAAAGGCUGCUUCCUUCUUCAUUCCAGCUUGCGCGGUCAAGCUGAGUUCAUGCACCGUGUCCUUCCUUGCUCCUCACGUCCCAGUUGCUCCAUAG